CUAAAAAAAAUUGCAACUUUAUUUCACGUUCACAUUUUCUGUUUUACAGCUUCCAAAAGACACAUAUAAAUAGCCUUGGUGUUGUAUAACUACGACAUAUGAAAGUUGGCACACAUGGAGAAACAGAGCAACACUUCUUCUUCCUUAAUGUCAUCUUCAACUUCUCACUCUUCUUCUUGGGUUCGUGGUACUUGUAUCGGACGAGGUUGUUUCGGUUCAGUUAGCACGGCCACCAGCAAAACCAACGGUGAAGUUUUCGCCGUGAAAUCAGUGGAUCUCUCCACGUGUCUGCCCACUCAAUCAGAGUCUCUCGAAAACGAAAUCUCUGUUCUCCGCUCCCUCAAGCCUCACCCGAACAUCGUGAGGUUACUCGGCGACGGUCACUCAAAAGAAGGAACUACGUCGUUUCGUAAUCUCUACUUAGAGUAUCUCCCAAAAGGUGACGUGGCUAAUUACGCUGCCGGAGGGAUCAAAGACGAGACUCUGCUCCAGCUUUACACGGCGUGUCUUGUCUCUGCUCUCCGCCACGUCCACUCACAAGGAUUCGUUCACUGCGACGUCAAGGCGAGGAACGUCCUCGUUAGCCGGAGCUCCGUGAUCAAGCUGGCGGAUUUUGGGUCGGCGAUCAGAAUCAAUAAACCGACGGCUCAGAUCACGCCACGUGGAAGUCCGCUUUGGAUGGCACCGGAGGUGAUCAGACGAGAGUGCCAAGGUCCGGAGAGCGACGUCUGGUCUCUCGGCUGCACGAUCAUCGAGAUGUUCACUGGGAAACCAGCUUGGGAAGACCACGGGGUUGACUCGCUGAGUCGAAUCGGUUUCUCCGACGAGUUACCCGUUUUCCCCGUGACGCUGUCGGAGAUGGGCCGUGAUUUCUUAGACAAGUGUCUGAAACGAGACCCGAAUCAGAGGUGGAGUUGCGAUCAGCUUUUGCAGCAUCCUUAUCUGUCUAAGUGUCACAACUCAUCUUCCACAGGUACUGAAUCAUCUCCGCGUUGCGUGCUGGACUGGGUCAACUCGGGGUUUGACUUAGAAGAAGAAGAUGAUGAGGAAGCAGGAGGGAGCGAGUGGAGAUCAGAAUUCAAAAACGCGGCGGUGGCAAGGGUUUGUAAAUUGGCGAUGGCCGGUGGGGCAACUUGGGAAUCAAAUGGUUGGGUGGAAGUUAGAAGCCACGCUUCUUCAGUAGAGGACGGGACAACAAUGGAAUAUUCGGAAUCCCCAAGGGUAGAAUCGGACAACACAUCAUCGGAUCCGUACGAUGACGUAGCUGAUGACUUGGCGAUGAUUUACGUUUCUCUGUCUCCGAAUACAUCGCCGGGAAACCGGGGCUCGGCGACGGCGUUGCCAUAUGAAUUAGUGAUGGUGUUAAAUUACUUAAUGGAAAUUAUGGCUUAUACUACAUGUGUCUCUAGCAAAAUUAUACGCAUUAUGUAUUAUUGUUAUCAAUCUCAUCGUGGUAUUAAUAACAAGAAACUCGAAAUGUUGUCUUUUAAUCUCAGCCUGAAGGUUCUGUUUGUUUGCACAUGUACUUCGGAUUGGACAAAACUAUAUUUUUUACGCGGUAAGAUGAGAUUGACUGUCCUACUUCCAAAUCAUUGCCUCAUCAUAUUGAUAACUCACGUUUACUGCCAAUGUGCUACUACUAAGCUGAUAAUUCCCAAGUGUUCGGAUUUUGGAGCACUUAAAUGA